AUGAGAUAUCAAUUAGAAAACCUAGCAAAAACUCGACUAGCGCGUUACAUUGAAGAUACUGAAAAGCAAAUAAAAGAAAAACGUUGUCAAUAUGUCAGUUUUCAACAACUUUACCUUGCUACGUAUCAAGAAAAUGUGUUCUUAAAAACCCGCGUGAGAAAGCUUACAAAGGAGAGGGAUAACGCGAAGAAAAAUCUUGUCUCUUUGAUAAAUGAAGUUUGUAGGUCAAAAAAUAAGGAACUAAAAGCGUUCUGUUGUCAAUUUAUUGUUGAAAGUAAAGAAAAUUUCAUGAAAUCCGAUGUGAAAAAUGAAAUUCGUCAAUUUUUGAAAAACCACACCGCCCGCAAUCAAGACGUGUUAAAGGACGAGGGAAACAAUAACAAUUUAACGGAUAUCAUAGAACAGGAUUGCCUUAUAUUAUCAGAAGCUCCAAGAUUACGUGGACUUCCCGGAGAAUAUGUGUGGACAGUAAAAGAUAAAGAUGGCUUAAUCGAAAAACUUUAUGAAUGCAACCUUCAGACUGACUGCGACAACGGAGAUACAAUCCGAAGAAUUAGACAAUAUUCAGUUUAUCACGACCAGGACUGUCUGUUGGAUUAUAGCUGCUCAAGAACUUUUGUAACUGAUGUCUGCCAAAGUUCUGGGACACACAUGGUUGGUAACGUUAAGUGCGUUAAUUAUCCAAUAACAAGAAAAAGAUUUUUAACUGGAUCGCAUGCCUUUCAAAAAUUUCUCGAGGAAGUAAAUGUUGAUCAUGGUACAUGGAAAUCAAUAAAAGAUGAUGGUCUUGAUUUAGAAUAUUCUGUGCUUAUUCCUGGACCUUUAGCUUCAGAUAUUUUUAAUGAACUAGAAGAAACUUUGGAAUAUUUUUCUGGCAACCUAUCAAAAAUAAAAGUUUUUGGGAAAAUAUACCCCCUGCCAAGACGGCAGGUUGCUUAUGGUGACCCAGGAAUCACCUAUACUUUUUCAAAUCUUACUGUGCCUGCAUUACCCUGGCCUGCUCCUGUGUUAUCGUUGCGAGAUUUUUUGUUCAAGCUCAGGGGUAUUAAAUACAACUUUGUGUUAGUCAACAAAUAUCGUGAUGGCAACGAUCACAUGGGUGAACAUAGAGAUAAUGAACCUGAAUUAGACCCCAAUGUUCCGAUCGCGUCAAUGUCUUUCGGCGAAGAUAGAAUGUAA